AAGGUGGGCGGAGGCGAUCGGCCAGAAGCUCCGCCCCUCCCCGGUCGUUCUUCCAAAGGAGGGGAGACCACGCAAUGGCCGCUGAAGGAGGAGUUUGGCGGCCGCCCCGAGCCUGCACAGAUUACUGGUCUGAAUGGAAGCUGUGCCGGAGCAUCCGUAAUCUAUGUCAUCAUUAUUACACUUAUGGGGGGAUGCCAUCUUGUGCACAGUGGAAAAAGGAUUACAAGAAUUGCAAAGAAUGGGAGAGAACCAAAAGCGCAGUGGCCAAGGAACAGUUGUGUAACAGUGAGCGUGAACGGUUGGCCAAGAAAGAGAAACACGCACCAGUAUGGAAAAUGAGAAAAAGUCCUCCACCUGACUGGAAUUCACCCAUUGAGGAAGAAAACCUCAAAGGAUGAGGCUCCCCAAUAUCCUAGUGGGACCCUCAAGAGACUUUUAAUCCUGAAGAUAGGGAUUUUUUUCCACCAUAAAUCUGUGUUCCCACUUG